AUUGGCUCGUGCCAUAGGUUUCCCUCAGAACUGCAGGACGCCGAUAUUGCGUUACAUUGUAGCAAAAUGGCGGCUGUCAUUCAGAAUCCACUAAAAGCAUUGGGUGACCAGUUCUAUAAGGAGGCUAUUGAGCAGUGUCGCAGCUACAAUGCCCGCCUGUGUGCUGAGCGCAGCGUCCGCCUGCCUUUCCUGGAUUCUCAGACCGGCGUCGCCCAGAACAACUGCUACAUUUGGAUGGAGCGCCACCACCGCAGCCCUGGUGGUGCUCCGGGGCAGAUGUACACGUACCCCGCCCGCUGCUGGAGAAAGAAGAGGCGGCUGCACAACACCACAGAUCCUCGCCUGGGCAUCUACGGCCUCCAGCUCGAUGGGGGCCUCAUGUCCAGAGACUCUUUGCCCAACCAGAGUACGACACUAGAGGCUCUGCUACGAGGCGAAGGUCUAGACAAGAGGAACAACUCUAAACACGACGAGGAGAGCCUCCUGGAGAUUCAGAGGGUUCUGGAGGCAGAUGCAGCAGAAGAUGCCUUCAAUGAUGACGACGAUUACGAGGUGGACACCCCAAAGAGGAGACACCGGGGCAAAGGAAGGGGUCGUGGUUUGGGGCGCAGGCGGACAGAUCUGGACGACGAUAAGCCAUAUGUCUGUGACAGCAGAUACAAACAGAAGCAAAAUUCAAAAACUUCGACUUCAGUCUGUGCAAAACGCUACAGGAACCGGACUGGACUAAGUUACCACUACACCCAUUCCCACUUGGCAGAGGAGGACAGAGUUGGGGAGAGGAGCUCCGUGGCGUCCCGCUCCCCCAGCACGCCACAGACAGACAGACACAGACGUCCGAAGGGUCCGGGGGGGUCCAGCAUUCCCAACAACUACUGUAAUAAAUGCCAGGGCUCCAACAAGAAAAUGCUUAAGUCUGGGUUCCCCUGCGCAGACUGCCAUCGCACAAAUGACCGUGGAGAGGAGCAGGAGGACGGGACGCUCGCCGGAGCCGAGGAGCUCUUUGGCACCACAUCAGAGAGCGACACUUCCACCUUUCACGGCUUUGAGGAUGACGAGCUGGAAGAGCCGGCCACAAACGGCAACGGCAUCUCCAGCCUUCACAGAUAAAGCAGAUCCGCCUGCACAUCUGAUUAGGACAGACUUUUCUUUAAAGGAGUAACCUCUGGCAAAAAUCUGCUGCUUCUUUCCUUUUUUUUUUUUUUUUUGCAGAAAGCACAAAUUGAUCAUUUUCAGGACGAACAUGCAAGUGGUGUUUUAUCUUUGGACUGUUGUUAAGUAAUUUAUGAACACUUUUUUAAAGACAUAAUAUACAGUAUACAUGAACUUUGAAGGCAGUGAAAGUCAGGGUUUCCUGACAAGUGGCUGCGGGAAACUGAAGAUGUCUGAGACCAGUGCGUGUGUGAAGAUUUUUUUUUUCUUAUCCUCCUUAGCUGGAGAAGAAGGAGCAACAAGAGCAAAAGACACUGGAGAAAUUCACGGAUUUUAUUUUUUCUUUGUAAUAAAAGACUACUGGACAUUUUUAAGUCAGUAGAAAAGACUUUGAAGGCCAAACUUUGGAUUAAAUAUGUGAAAAUGAAGGAACCAUUAAAAGCCACAAGAUGAAGAAGCCUUUAAACUUUCUGAUGAAAGGGAGCAUCUUUAAAUGUUAGGAGUAGUCACACAUUGGCAAUCGGUCCGGAACUGAGGCGGAUGGCCAGCAAAGAAGAGACUUGAACUUCCUUUGAAUUUGGGCCUAAAAAGUGACUGAAACGGAUGGCGGAACAUCCACUUCUUCUUCCGCAGACCGCGUGGCUUCACCGAAGCAACUGCUCCCUCCGUGAAAUGAAUGAACUCUUGAAAUGUGAGCAUCUGGCUUCGUUUCAGCCUUUCUGCACUGGCUGCAGUUCCUCUCUGAACUACCAGAACACUAAAGGCCAGGCCUUUGGACUCUCUGUGCCCAACGGGUGCAUUUGGGGGCCCCGGCGGUCCGGCCCUGCUCUGUGACCGCGUGUCUGCUGCGUGAUCCGAUGUGACACCGAGACAUCAUUACCCUCAUCACUGUGCCAGCCUGCUGCUCUGCACUGGAAACCAGCUUUGACAGCCAUGACCCCAACCCCCCCCCGCCCCAUACAACCUGCAGCCAUAGAGACGGUGCUGAGAUCCACCACUAUCACACACAGACCUCUGGACUACUGUAUCUACUCGAACAUCACGGUUUCCUGUUUCAGUCUAUUUUUCUGCUUCUGCUUUCAAAUUUCAAACCAAUCGCAGCUCGAUAUUUUUGCACCUUUUUAAAGAAAAAGAAAAAUGCUUUUGAGCCCUGUCUUCUCGGGUAUGUUCAGACUUUACUGCUGCCUCUGUCCUGAUGAGUUGCACAAAAAAGAAACCCCACCCAGAUGUCUCUCUGUUCUCUGCUGUCGAUUGUGAGCUACUCUGCCCUGAUUUAUGUGAUUGUAUUCAGACGAUGAAGAAUUCCACUAAAAUAAUCAACCUCAACUUGAGGAAAAAACAAACAAACUGCAAUAACAAGCUUCAGCUUUGCCUCUUCCUCUUUACUCCGUUAGAAACCCACACUCUGGGUCGGUCUCUCCCCUCUGAUUUAUUUAUAAAAACCCAUUUGAGCUCCGUAAUAUUAGUGUUUUUGAGGAUUUCCCAGAGCUUUGCUUGCUUCAUGAGAUUGAUAAAGUGCUUUAAGUACUGUACGAGACGCCGUUUAGCUCCACAGCUUGCACAUUCAGUAUAAAAGAGGUUCAUCUGAAGAUCCAGCACAGGCGCUCCGUUACUGACGCCAACCAUUAAUCCUGUGCGUCUGAUAAGACUGGCUUGUACAUUCAGAGCAUCUCUCUUCCCUCAGGGACCCUCCACACAGCAGUUUAUCUCCACUGGACAAAGAAUGCAUCAGAAACGUGUCCACUGUUUGUGUUUUUUUUUCUUCUUUUUUCUAUGUACCAGCUGUGGGGUGUUUCCAUAGUAAAAUGGGUCUUUGUGUGUCUUAUCUUCCAAAGUUGCUUCAGUCAGUGAAAGCACGUGUCAUACUAUUUUGUGUGUGUGUGUGUGUGUGUGCGAGCAAAAUGUUUUUGUGCAGCCCUGAACAAAAGGAACAAGUCCCUGCAUUUGCAAUGUCUGCAUAAAACGGUGUAUCUGCUAUCACUGAAGAGCCUGUUAUACCUCGUCAAAGACUCAGCAAUAGGCCCUGGUACUUUAUUAUUUUGCUUUGUGAAGCCUGCAAGGAGGGGGAGGGGGGGAGUAGAAAGGAAGAGGAGUAGAAAUGGACAUCAUAGAGUAGGGUAUCUUUUUUUUUUUUUCUGCUGUAAAUACAAGUCUAAAUGGAGCGAAUGAAGAAGUCUUUGUUAAACUAUUUUUAUUGUUCUGGAAAUAAAGAAGAAAUGGCAAAUGA